AUGCAAGUUUUGAAGCUGAAGACCUUGCUGGACAAUCCCCUCACCGUCGACCAGGCCAAGCAAAUCCACUGCCAGAUUAUACUCAACCGCCUCCGCAACCUCGAGCCGCUGCUCGUCCGCCAAACCCUCAAAUCCGCCUCCACACAUUCCCCAAGAGCCACCCGCUACGCCGCCUCGAUCCUCCGCCGCAUGCCGACCCCCGACGCCUCCGCCACGUCCCACGCGAUCCGCCACCUCUCCCAGCGCGGCCACUUCGCGGACGCUCUCUCUCUCUACAGACAGUCCCUCGGCUGGGGACUUCCCCCCACCACGUUCGCCGUCUCCUCCGCCCUAAAAGCCUGCGCCCGGAUUCCGUCCAAAAUCGGCGGGCCGACUAUCCACGGGCAGGCGCUUAAGAUCGGGCUGUGCAGUGCAAUCUUCGUCCAGACGGCCCUUGUCGAUUUCUACUCCAAAUUGGGGGACAUGGGUGUCGCACGCAAGGUGUUCGACGAAAUUACAACCAAAAAUAUCGUCUCUUGGAACUCGUUGCUGGCAGGCCACGUCAGAUCCGGCGACCUCUCAGCCGCCAGGGCCGUUUUCGACGAGAUUCCGGACAAAGACGUGAUAUCCUGGAACUCCAUAGUCUCUGCUUACGCCAGGGCAAAGAAAAUGGACCAAGCUUACGAAAUCUUCCGAAUAAUGCCACAGAAGAGCCCAGCCUCUUGGAACACGAUAAUUUCGGCUUAUGUCGAGUGUGGAAACAUCGAGCUGGCCCGAAGCUUUUUCGAUGCCAUGCCAGAGAGGAACAGUGUUUGCAGCAUAACAUUGAUUUCAGCUUACUCCAAGCUUGGAGAUGUGGAAUCUGCAGAGAAAGUCCACGAGCAACUUCCCGUAAAGGACCUGCUUUCAUACAAUGCCAUGAUCGCUUGCUACGCACAGAACAACCGGCCCAAAGAGGCCCUGCAGCUGUUUGAAGAGAUGCGCGGGCCUUUAGUGGGCCUCGAGCCCGAUAAGAUGACCCUAGCCAGUGCUGUCUCGGCAUGCUCUCAGCUGGGGGAUCUCGAUUAUGGGAAUUCCAUCGAGUUGUAUAUGAAGGAGUUGGGGAUUUCAAUGGACAAUCACAUAGCUACUGCUUUCAUCGACCUCUACGCGAAAUGUGGGGAAAUCGAGAGAGCUUACGGGCUUUUCAACGCGUUGCGGAAAAAGGAUUUAGUGGCUUAUACGGCGAUUAUAUUGGGCUGCGGGCUAAACGGUCAGGCCCGGGAGGCGAUUGGGCUUUUCGAAGAGAUGAUGAGUGUCGGUAUUGUCCCGAACCCGGUUACAUUUACGGGUAUAUUGACGGCUUACAAUCACGUGGGCAUGGUGGAGGAAGGAUACAGAUGCUUUUUGUCCAUGCGGGAAAAUGGGCUUUCACCAUCGCCAGAUCAUUAUGCGAUCGUGGUUGAUCUUUUGGGCCGGGCCGGACGGUUGGAGGAGGCCCACGAAGUGAUCAAGAGCAUGCCCAUGAAGCCGCAUGCUGGGGUGUGGGGUGCAUUGCUCAAAGCGUGCAGCUUGCAUGAUGAUGUGGAGCUUGCGGAGAUUGCUGCCAGGAAUUGUUUCGAGCUGGAGCCUGAGGGUGGGGGCCGUUAUUCCCUGCUUGCCGGUGUAUAUGCUUCCAGUGGGAAGUGGGACGAGGCGAAUAGGCUGAGGGCAGAUAUUGAUGAGAAGGGUAUACUGAAGAUACGGGGAUCUAGUCUGAUGGAGUGA